AUGAAUUUCUACUUUGAGGCAGCCAAAGUGUUGGACAAGUUGGACGCAAAGAAAGGCUCUAUUAAGAGUGUCAUUGCCGCUGUAAACGAGAAAGACAGGAAGAGGACAGCCGCACUGGUAAUUGAGACGUUGAAAUACAAGCAGGUGCUGGUAGAUGUCAUAGACGCGACCAAACUCCUGAAGGAGGAGCGAAAGAUCACCUCGAAAAACUUGGCGUUGCUACUGGUUCAUGAUCUUCUGCUGACCAAUGGGAUUCAAGCUGGGGAUGGACCAGUGAAACAAGCGGUUUUUCGACAUAAGACAAGGUUGAAUAGCGAACUACAAAGAAUCAAAAUCAAGCGUGGAGCCAAGUCGAACGGGGAGCUCGCCCAGGGCGAAGACUCGAGGGCAGCACUCAUCCCCCGCUACGUUCGGGUGAACACCGCAUACUGCACGACUAACGAAGCAAUAGAAGAUUUCAUCUCGCGCGGCUUCGAAUUAUCUGCGCCUUUUGCGUCAAAACAAGGCUUCGCUAAAGAUGAGCAUAUUCCUGAUCUCCUUGCGUUCAAUCCCCGGGUUAGCUUCGAAACCGACCCGCUGUAUACGUCUGGGAAAAUCAUCCUACAAGACAAGGCGUCGUGCUUUCCAGCUUACAUUCUAUCCCCACCGUCGACGGAUGAAAGCGUAGUGAUCGAUGCAACGGCGGCGCCAGGGAACAAAACUUCACACCUCUGUGCCCUUAUGAAGAACCGAGGAAGGCUCUUUGCCUUCGAGCGCGAUCGCAAACGUUUUAGCACGCUAAAAAUGAUGUUGGGAAAGGCUCAAUGUCAGAAUGUGGAACCCGUCAACGCAGAUUUUCUCACCAUCUCCCCUCAAGAUAAAACAUACGCCGCAGUUACACAUAUUGGAUCUGGAAUUGUCAACCGCCUAGAUUACCUGCUAGACACAGAGAAUGAGAAUGACGGGGAACAAGAACGUUUAAACAAGCUCGCGGCGUUCCAGUUGUCGAUGAUUAAACAUGCUAUGAAAUUUCCCUCUGUCGAGAAAAUCGUAUACUCUACUUGUAGCGUCCACGCAAUUGAAAACGAACAGGUCGUUCGCCAGGCUCUGACAAGCGACGAGGCUAUUUCUGGGAGUCUCGUACUAGCGUCGUCGCAUGAUGUUCUGCCACAGUGGAAGCGAAGGGGUUUACCCGAGGAGAUGGCGACUCCUGCGGAUGCAGCCUCACUGGUCAGGUGUUCACCAGACGAGGAUGCAACAAACGGCUUCUUCGUCGCCCUGUUUGUGAAGAAAAAACCUCCAGACCCGAUGACGGCAGAAGAAAAAGCCGAGCCGUCCGCAAAAGCAGCUCACAAACGGAAGAAGGCUACUCAGAACGAGGCGGUGGAAGGUACCACGGGGCGGCGAAAGAAGAGGAAGAGAAGCGCAAAUCCCGACUAA